AUGAUGUCGGACGAGGAGAUUCUGCUGGGCGAAAUCCCGCCGAUCUCUAGUACGCCUUGCGCCGCCGACAUCAUUGAAUGUCAGGUUCGCAUAGACCCCAGCACGGCGAACCUUUUCUCGAUCUUCCGAUAUGCAAACGCGCCGCUGAUCUGCGCAGGGCUGGUAUCGGCAAGCUGCGCAGUGGUCGCCGGGGCUGCAAUGCCCUUGGUCACGAUUGUUUUCGGGGCUUUGGCAAGUGAAUUCAUCAAUGGGGAUGAGAAAACACCACAGGAUAUUCGCGACCGGGUUCAGCAUCUCACCCUGCUCCUGGUGUACAUCGCGAUCGGGUCCUUCGUCUCCACUAUGAUCAGCACAUGGGGGCUCAAUGCAGUCGGGGAACAGAUUGCACGUCGUCUCCAGCAAAGGUACCUCUCUUCAGUGCUGCAGCAGAACAUGGCGUACUUCGAUGUCGUCGGCACAGGAGAGCUCACGUCCCGCAUCGACCAGGACAUGAAGUUAAUUCAGACGGGCAUCUCGCAGAAGGUGGGCAACAUUAUCUCCGGAGUAUCGGGUUUUGUUGUUGCCAUCAUCUGCGCCUUUAUCCAGAACCGACGCUUCGCAUCGAUAAUGAUAUCGCAGCCGAUUGCCAUGAUUCUCCUGGUGGGACUAAUGGGGUCUUGGCUAAGCGGGACACAGCAAAGAGGCUUGCCCCAUUCCGUGAAACUGGACAAUUUGGCCCAAGAAGUCCUCAAUGCUAUGAGGAGCGUUAUUGCCUACCGAAGCCAAGAACGGUAUGCGAGAAAGUAUCACGAUAUGUUGUUGCAGCCGGCUGCUCUGGAUUUUCGGGAGCGUUUAAUCUUUGGCGUGAUAGUGGCAGGCUCCUUUACGAUCUUGCACUGGGCUAACGGGUUGGGUUUUUGGCAGGCGGAUCGCCUCUUCCGCCAGGGACUCUGUACGGUUUCAGAGGCCUUGUCCAUCCUCUAUGCAACAGUCGUCGCAGGCGGGAUGCUGUGUCAAGCGUUGCCGUAUGUCGUCGAUGUGACCCGGGCCAGCAAAUCAACUAACCGGGUCAUUUCGGUUAUUGAGCGUGUUUCGCCAAUUAAUCCCAUGGCAGUUACGGGACGUAUAUACGGUCCUGUUCGGGGAGAGAUCUGGUUCGACAAUGUAGGGUUUGCUUAUCCUUCGCGACCGGAACAAACUGUUCUCAGAGAGAUUAGUUUUCAUGUUCCUGCUGGCCACACUGUCGCCUUGGUGGGACCAUCGGGAUCUGGUAAGUCGACAGUCUUCGCUCUUUUGGCACGUUUAUACUCUCCCAUCGGCGGGGAGAUUGUGCUGGAUAAUGACCCCAUUGAUGCGAUGAAUGUCUCGUGGCUGAGGUCUCAGAUUGGGUACGUCAGCCAGGAUGUCACCUUGUUCCAUGCAUCGAUUCUUGAGAAUAUUGCUCAUGGGCUGCCCAAACCUACCACCGAGACACUGAAUCCAUCUGUAAUUCGAGAACUAGUAAUCCAGGCUGCCAAGACCGCGCACAUCCAUUCAUUCAUCAACAGUCUCCCCGACGGCUACGAUACCAUCAUAGGGGUUAAUGGGUCAGGUCUCUCUGGUGGACAGAGGCAACGGCUCGCAAUUGCCCGUGCCAUUAUAUCGCAGCCAUCGAUCCUACUACUGGAUGAGGCUACUGCUGCCUUGGAUAGUCAAAGCGAAAAGGAAAUUCAGGAGGCUCUGAGCAGCGCUGCCUACGGACGAACCACCAUGAUAAUAGCCCAUCGGCUAUCGACAGUCCAAGAUGCCGAUAUGAUAAUUGUCAUGAAAGACGGCCAGAUCUUAAAUCAAGGCACCCACUGGGAGUUAAUGAGCACGUCUGUGGUGUACCGAGAAUUAGUGGAGCACCAGGCACUCCGACAGAGCAACGAAUCUCAAGAGUCGUUGUCUUCUGCAAAUUAUCUCAAAAUUAAGCCGAGGGAUAUAUCAGUCGACGAUGCCCCGAAGAAAGCUGAGGAUGAUCCAUGGUCGAGCUCAUCACCGAAAGGCAGCAUCAACCAAGUUUGGCACUUAAAUAAGCCUGAGCUGCCUUACGUUGUUACGGGUAUCAUUUUCAGCGGGCUGGCUGGAAUGACAUACCCCAUUCAAGCGGUCUUCUUCGGCAAUGGGAUCAUAUCAAUCAUUAGCCCUGGUGCAAGUACCGGAGGGCACGAUGUUUACUUCUGGGCCCGGUUGUACCUCUACCAUGGUGCUGUUGUGUUCUUAUUGUACAGUAUCCGAAACUAUUGCUUUGCGGUGUCCGCAUCCCAGUUGCACCUCCGAGCGCGGUCGUAUUUAUUCAAGGCACUGCUGCUCAAGAACCUUAUCUUUUUCGAGAACAAGGGUCAUUCUACUGGAAGCAUGGUAAGCUUCCUCUCGUCAGGCACUCCGAAGAUAACCGGUGUAUCAGGAACGUCGCUCGGACUGGUAACCGAAAGCAUCGUAAUGCUUGCGACCGGGAUCAUAGUUGGAUGUAUCUUUGGAUGGAAGCUCGGGGUCGCAGCAAUGGCUACAGUCCCAUUGAUAGCCAUGUCCAGCUUCCUGCAAUACUAUAUCGAGGCACAGGUACAGAAGCACGUGAAGCGCGACACAAACGCCGUGACCAUUGCGCAUGAAGCAUUCUCAGCUAUCAAAACAGUGACCAUACUCGGUUUGCAAACCACCGUUAUAGAAUCAUUCCAAAGAGCAAGCCACCGAGACAGGCAACACUGGUACUGGGUCAUAUCUGCUGGCCUGCAUGCGUGUACCACGUCACUUCGGAUACUGAGUAUUGCUUUCGUAUUCUGGUAUGGCGGUACCCGUCUCAUCGCGUCGGGCGAAUAUACCAUCCAACAAUUUUUCAUAUGUUUCGCGGCCACGGUUUGGGGGUCCCAGUCUGCCGCUACUCUCUUUGCUCAUGCACCAGACAUUGCAGGUGCUCAUGCUGCUGCUUCUCGACUGACGGAGUUAAUGCGACCCGAUGGUUCUCCAGGAACCUUCCCAGACAAUGACCCAAAGCAGGGCUAUACCACUGUCCUUGUGCCGAAUACCACGGAGGAUUUGGUGCUACAGCACAUCAACUUCAGAUACCCAAAUCGACAAUCCCAACUAACACUGGAGGAUAUCACAUUCAGCGCCCGAGCUGGUAGCUUUAUUGCUCUUGUCGGAGCCACUGGCAGUGGCAAAAGCUCUGUGGUUAGUCUGAUAGAGCGGUUCUACACUGCUGAAUCCGGCCGGAUAACGCUGCGGCAAGCUCCUAUUGAACGCUAUGAUCUCAACAACUACAGAGGGUACUUGGCACUGGUCGACCAGAAUCCAUGUCUGGUUGGUGAAGAUCUGCGCGAGUGUUUGCAGAGUGACGAGCGAGUCGUUUCAGACGAGGAGAUCAUGGCCGCUCUGAAGGAUGUGGGACUCGCUGAUUUCGUGCUAUCCCUCCCCCAAGGGUUGAGCAGCCCAGUCAUGGCCAACGGAUCGACUCUGUCCGGAGGCCAACGCCAGCGCAUGGCCAUCGCCAAGGCCCUUCUAUGGGGACCGAAGAUUUUCUUGCUUGAUGAGGCAACCUCUGCGCUGGAUAGCGCCUCGGAAGCACUAGUCCAGGAGGCACUCCAGCGGGCAAUGCAAGGCCGGACCGUCAUCUCAAUUGCCCAUCGACUCAAGACGAUUGUUGAUGCCGAUGAGAUUUUAGUCUUGGACCACGGACGCAUUAUUGAGAGGGGCCGCCAUGACGAGUUGAUGAAGCUCGGAGGGAAAUAUUGGCAAAUGGCUAAGUUGCAGCAGUUGGAUGGGGAUGUUGGGAGGCAGUAUUCCGAGUGCAAGAAGGACGUACUAUCUCACAAUCGUCGUGUUCCACUAUCUCGUUGCCUUCACUCUUAUUGGUGGAAGAAACACGGCCAUGGCCAAGAUCCCAGCUCUCUUACGCUCAUGUGCACUGAGCACCGGGAGCUCCUCCUCGAAGGUGUCGGUGUCUAUUCACAUCGCCGGCGCGAGGAUAGUCGCCCAACCGUAUUCACGACGUUAGAUAAGAUCGAAGGAGUGGUGACUAUCACAGUGGCAGAAAAAACCGCCUUCGAGGAUAUUCAGAUCACAUUGGAAGGGAUAUCGAGAAUAGUGACCUGGGGAGGCAUUAAUGGGCCGCCACUUAUCGGUGGUCGUCAUACGUUUAUGAGACUCCAUAAUCCGAUUGAGAAGGGUUCAUAUCAACCAGCAUCGAUUCUAGAGCCGGGUUGGUGCUACAAGUUCCCGUUUACAUUCAUUGUGCCGGAAAGUUUGCCGCUCACGGCAUGCGAUCACGACGCGGAUGAUACAGGCAUCAAAAAUGCUCACACCAAAUUGCCGCCCUCAAUGUGCAAAGAGAGCGACACAGAAUGCUUUUCUAUAAAAUACAACAUCCGAGUGAACAUCCCGAGGCCAUUCUGCGGUAAAGCCAACCCGAAAAAGUGCUUAGCCAACGUUGUUCGACCGGUCAAGAUACGUCCCUCUGGUACAUUGGGUAGCUCUAGCGACAUUGCCAUCAAUGCGCUCACAUCUCGAAAAGUGCUCCGAAUUAGACGUGGCUGGAGAGGGAAAUGUGCUGGCCACUUGACUAUCUUAACUUCACCUGCUGAGCCCAUACGCCCUUCUUUCCGUCGAAUUGAUGCCGCCGGCCAGGUCAACACCUCGAUAGAAUUAGCCCUUAGAUUCACCGCAGUUGGGACAGAACCUCCCCCUCGCCUGCGAAAAGUUUAUCCCAAGUUGAACUCGGUAACAUCCUUCCACGCAGGGCCGCAGGAACAGUAUCCGUCAUUCACGAAGGACCAAAACUAUGAUUUAGCCCGAGGGGACCACAUCCAACCUCUGACGCUUCCAACAGUUGAUAUUGCAUCAACGCAAUGGACCAAAAUACAAUCAUCCAGUACCGGCAUUUCGUCUUCCCUGCUGAGUUAUCAGCCUACCUCCAAGAAUGAAGAAACAUCAUAUAAGGCAUCGAUCGUUGUCCCAGUUUCCGUUCCAAAGCACGACGAUCUUGUGCCAACUUUUCAAUCUUGCUUCAUCUCCCGCAUUUAUAUCUUGGAGCUUCUUCUAUCUUAUUCCACGGAAAAGGUCGCUGGAGGCCGCGCUGCCAAAGUUGAGGUUCCUGUUGAGAUAAUCUUGUGA